AUGGAAAUGGAUCCCUUCCUCCUUCGCACACAAGCCCACAUCUUGGGCUCAAUAUGGAUGGACCUCUUGGUCUACGGAUUAUACGUGCCUUUCUACCUCGCGGCCACUUACAUCUGGGCCGCCAAACCCACGACUGCCCGCAUCCCUUCAACAGUGUUCUUCCUCGGAAACACCAUUCUCUUCAUACUCGGAACGAUCCACGUCGGCAUAAAUUGCCAUCGACUAAUCCAAGCAUGGGGGUACAUGGUUGGUCCCGACAACUUCCCCCUCAACUAUAUUCAGAACGCUGCGGGCUGGGAUAACUGGGCCCAUACCGUGCUCAUGUGUCUGAUGCCCUGGUUCACUGGUGCACUCAUCACCUACAGAACGUACCUGGUCUGGGACAAGAACAUCAUUAUCGUUCUCUUCCCUAUUAUUUUCCACCUCUGGAACCUUGCAUUCGGCGCCGUUCUCCUCCACUGGUUCCGCACCCAAUUCACCACCUACGACAAGAUUCUCCCAUGGAUUGACUCGAGCUAUCCCCUCGGCUUCUGCCAAUUCUUCAUCUUGACCUCUCUCAUCACCUACAAGUCCAUCAAGGACCACAAGGCCAACGUCGCCGCUGGUGUGCCAACGAGCACCGGCUUCACGCUCUUCAACAGGAUCUUCUGGGAUAGCGCUGCACUGUACACCAUUGUGUGGUUCAUGAUGGUCCCGCUGUACUUCAAGAUGAACCAGGGUCAAUUCAUUCUACAGGCAGCGUUGCAACAGAUUGGGGGUAUCAUCGUUUCCAUUCAACACGUUCGUGUCCAUUUUGCAGGAUCCAAGCAGGUUCUGUCAGACGUGAUGGAUCGUGCCCCUGUCUGGUUAAACGAGACCGCAGUUGCCGAGAGCAAAUCGAGCAGCAACGACAACUUGGAACAGAAGGUGUAA